AAGUCUCCAAGCAAAAAAUAUUGCUACGAUAAAACAUUCCUUUUUUUACGCUUCAUAGUAAAUGCAACAAAGAAGCGUGAAACAUUUUAUACGCCGUAUGCCUAUCGUAUGUCUAAGUCACAGAACGGAAACUGUACAUUUAGAUCUCCGCCCUCAGUUUUUCGUCCGGUGUUCGGUCGUCGUCGCGAUCGCGAUCGCGACGCGUAAUUGUAAUAUGUAAUCGCGACUCUAUUUCAAGCGAAGACGACCUCUCGUCGCUGCCGAAGCUAAAAUAACGCGGCCGAUCAACCAACAGCGAUUGGUUUCCCAAGGUUACGCUAUCCGCCUGAAACCCAUCGUCCAUCGCUUAUCGAUCCCCGUGCCGUCGACGAAAACUUCAGGGAAAUGCCGCGGUCCAAGGUCUAACCCUGAACAGCGAAAGCGAGAGGAGAACGCGCGAUCCGAAGAAGCAACGAUCCAACUCCGACGAGAUCCCCUUCGAAGGUCGCCCCGCUCGUUCUCCGCUCCAUGUCGCUCGCAAGCCUGGACACUCGCAGCGAUGGGCAGUCGUUCGAAGAGGAAGAGCCCGAACCUGUCGCAGGUUAACAACCCCGAGGAGUCGGCGUCGCUCGGAACCAGAGAGGCUGCGCCGGAAACGAACGAGCAAUACCUCUUUCUUUUGGAGUUCUUGGUGCACCAUGUGACCGGUGACCGCCUGGCGAAGCUGAACCAAAUGUUCUUCGUCCCCACGACCAUCACCGCGAGCUUCCUGAACUUCUCGAGCGAGGAGGCCAUCGAGAUAACGCCGGUGGAUCCUCUGUUCGAGCCGCAAGCGGGCGUAGCCGACGACGUCGAGUACUUUUACUCGGGACGGUCCGUUCUGUUCGCCAUCGAUCACCGUACCGUCCUGAACAAGCUCCUCGACUUCACGGUGUCGCUUCUCGUCGAGAAGAAGAUGCCGGCGGGGCUGAAGCCGGACGUUCCGAUCGGCGAGGGCGAGCUGAACAUGAGCAAGCACUUCGCGGCCCUCAGAAAGGAGAUGCUGCAGUGCUGGCACAGGAUGGCGCCGCCCCCGAAGUGCUUCGAGGGCGAGGUGCCCUUGGUGUACAAGGGCGACGAGGUCGGCGCCGUCUGCAUCUUCGUCAGGAUAUCCGCAUUCGGGCAGACCAUCGUCACGGAGUUCGAAGCGCCGCCCGACAUGGACGUGGACGCCUACGUGUUCAAGGGCGACGAGGUGGACCGGAAGUCGGUCGGCUACAGGUGCCGCGUGAUCGACUCGAAGGACGCGGACGUCGGCAAGGAUUCGGCGGAGGACCUGACCGAGGGCCGAGGAGGAGCUUGCUCGCCUUGUCGGGUCUGCGCGAAGGAGGAGCACCCGUGCACGCCCUGCGGGAACCCCGACGGCGCGACCUUGAAGCCGGACGCGAGCCAGAGGCAGCUCGGCGGAUCGGACGGAUUCGGGCACGGCUAUCCGACCACGGUGUCGAAGUCGCGAUCGAGACCCGAGAGCUGCGACGAGGCGCGCAAGACCGGCCUGAUCCAAUCCAGCCGCGGUCCGGCGCAACCGUGCGGAAAGGCGGUCGUUCUCAAGGUAUCCGGCGUGCUGGACACCGGCAGGGACGAGAAACCGACGGUCACCGUGACCUCCGAGUCCGACCGAGCCGACCAGCAGGACCGUUCCGAUCCCAGCCACGACGUCUUCGUGCUCAGGAUCGGCAAGAAGGGCAUAGUGGGAGCCGGCGAGAAGUCGGACAUACAGUUGGAGAUGAGAACCCCGAAGGGCGUCGAGAAGGGACCGCCCGUCAGGAUGGAGACCAGAGAGAUGCAGACGGACGAGGACAAAAAGAAGAAGAAAAGCAAGAAGAAGAAGAAGCCGAAGAAGGAUUACUGAACGAUCGAGCUCGAGGAUGUUGCGUUAUUUUUUCUGAUUUUCUGUGUAGCCGAGAAUGAAUAAAGCGAUCUUGGAUCUA